AUGUUGCACUCUCUCCUCGCCUUGCCCUCACGCCGCACCACACCCUGGGCCGUCAUCCUCCCCUUGCUCUCCUCGGGCGCCUUGGCCAAGACGGUCCUGGUCGAGGUCGGCUCGGCCGGCUUCACCUACAGCCCCAAUUCCGUCCAGGCGGAUGUGGGCGACGUCGUCCAGUUCCACUUCAACGGCGCCCACAGCGUCACCUCGGGACCCUUCAACGGCCCCUGCACGCCCGACAGCAGCGGCGGCUUCUAUUCUGGCUUCUUAACGGCGAAUGCGAGUACCACGAUCGACCCCAUCCCACCUCCUUCGUCGUCCGCUUCCCGUCCGACGGCGAGCAAGGGCCGGGCGCUAACCUGGAGAUAG